AUGAACCAUAUUGAUGGUAUUAUACGUUUUGUGAAGGACGACUCUGAAGUAGUGUCAGUGGCAAAUAUUGGAUUGGUGAAGGUAUCAGGUUUCUUACAAGAAAGUCUGCAAGAAGCUAAUGCGUCUAUACGGGUCAAUAACGAUGGCAGAGUUUUAGCCUAUGGAUUCGAUAGACCAGGCAAGUGUAUUGAGUUGACAGAGAGAUGGGAUAAGGAGAGGGUCGUCCAGCAGCGAACUCGGGUGCUCGUCCCUCAGCCGAAUGUUGUCUCGAAAGUGGCUGAGACUGAGCUUUCGGUAUUGGCCAAUCUUAUUGCGCCACCAUCAGAGGGAGGGGAAGGACAGAGGUUCACUCUGAGGUUGUUCGAGGAUGUUGAUGAUGCUACUCCUAUGGAUAACGUCGAGGCAGCUGAUGAUGAGGUGCAUGAGGAACCGGAGACUAUCACAGCUGCUGUGGCAACUGAGUCCUACAGAGGUGCCCUUAAGGAUCUCGAAGAUGAUUUGGAGGAAGCUAUCGGUGGUAGUAAUAGUGCAGUUAGCGGUGAGGAAGAGGAAGAUCUACUCGAUCUCCUGUGA